UUUUCUAGACGCAGCUGACGAUGUAAACAAGAAAAGACAGUCGAGGGCAACAGGGAUCAAACAGGCCGGUGUCACCGCAAAUGAUCGCCACUAUAUGCUCAUAAACGGCUGACAUGGGGCUGCCUGUGACGAUUAAAGUCAACUUCCGGGGCAACGUGAAGAGAUUUCUGGCUCAGGAUUUGGACAAACUGGAGUGGGAGUCCGUUGAAGCCUGGAUCAAAGCGUCUUUUGGGAUCAACCACUUUCAAGUCAAAUACUUUGACGAGGACAAUGAAGAGAUUUGCAUCAACAGUCAAGAUGAAUAUGAAGAAGCCAUCAAGAGUGCAGAGAAGCAGGGGAACCAGUUGCACAUGAACGUGUACAAGAUGAAAGGACAGGCCUGCGGAGGUCCGCUGAAGACGGAGGUGAAGGAGCUGAAAGGAGACCUCCGGCCCGCUCCUCCUUAUCCAUCCAGGGUCAAGACGGUGGACAAAGGCACACAGGUCACUCCGGAGAGAGAAGCUGUCCCAGUAAAGGACAACAAGGGGAGCAAGCCAGAAGAUGAGCCGCCUCCCAUGUGGUUUAGAUCGUACAUGGAGAAGUUCAAAGACGAGGUGGUGAAAGAGGUGGUGGAAAGGAUGUGCAGUGACUUCUCUGGCCAGUGUUGCACCCACAAGUCAUCUGAUGGGCCCCUCGAGGCCAGCGGGGCCAGCGGCGGCCCUAUAGGGCCCAGGCCGGGACCCUCCACCUCAAAUGGAUCCCUUGGCUACACGCCAAACUGCAGCAGCUGCAACAAACUCACCUCUGAAGGGGCCUACAAGUGCAGUGUGUGCCCGUCCUGCAUCCUGUGUGAGAUGUGCAGACAUAGCCAUGACCCCAGCCACAACCUCGUGAGAACCAAGACACCUCUCUCCAUCCCUGAGCAUGGAAUGUCGGGAGAGUUGAGGUUCCCAAGGCGAGGAGACAGGACAGUGCGCAAGGCCGAGAGACAGCGCCUCAAAGCUGAAAGGAGGCAGCUAAGAGCUGAAGUGAAGGAAAUCAAGAAGAAACUGAGACUGGAGAAGAGGGGGCUGCAGUGGAGCGGGCCCUCUACCUCAGGCAGAGCCAACCUGACAAACAUGGCCUCCGCGUCCACCCAGGUCCCAGCCCUGCCUCCCCCUGCUGCCUCAGAUACAGCCUCAGGUCCAGCCCCAGCCCAAGGUCCCAUCCCCGCCCCGGUCCCUGAUCCCCAGGCCUCCAGUCCAGAGGGUCCUGGGGUCUCGCACACGUCCUUGGUUCCCACUAUGGCUGCCUUGUUUCUGGAUGAAAAUCUGCCGGACGGCACCCGUCUGGAGCCUGGCACCAAGUUCAUCAAAUACUGGAAGAUGAGGAACUCGGGCACUAUCAGCUGGACCUCAGAGACUAAGCUAGUGUUCAUGUGGGGAAACCUCGGCCUGGCGUCAGAGGAGAAGAGGGAGGUGCCAGUCCCCUUGCUGCUGCCCGGACAAGUGGGAGUGGUCAGUGUGGCCUUUGUCGCUCCCGUGAUGGAGGGGACGUACACCUCCCACUGGCGGCUGGCGCACUGCGGGUGUCAGUUUGGCCCGCGUGUCUGGUGCAGCAUCGUGGUCGACCCCGGUGACGGCCGCAAUGCGCUGGGGCAUCUGAGCAAACGACUGCAGAAGGAGGAGGCGAGGCCUGUAGGGAAGGAGAAGGAGGUAAGAUCCAAGGACAGUGGCCCCGGCUUGUCUGUAGACGUGAACCAUGAGGACUACUACUUCCCCUCAGUCGACCUGCUGACUGCACAGGAUCUUCUGUCGUUUGAGUUGUUGGAUAUAAAUAUUGUACAAGAGUUGGAGAAGGUUCCUAACAACACUCCUGUGGAUCUGACUCCCUGCAUAUCCCCUCUGCCCCAUGAUGCACCAGUGCUUGAGAAGGCGAUCAUUUCACAGAUGAAAGAAGACGCAGAGGUCACAGGAGUCAGGAAACUUUUUGGAGUGAAACUGAGGCAGCAGAGGGAGCUGCUGGAGCCUGUGACCCAGGAGGAGGACAGAGAGGAGGAGAUCAGCGGAGCCCAGUUCCUCUGCGAGACGGUCAUCCGCUCCCUCACCCUGGAGGAGGCCCCCGAUCACAGACCUCUGCGCAGAGCCCAGCACAGCAGCCACAAACCACAGGUUGUUUCCCGGGGCACCAGCUUUUGCUUCGAGAGAGCUGUAGAGGCCGAGAAGAUCGCGACGGUACAAGAAGGAAAUGAGGAGAUCUGCGCCGUUAGACUUGAGAGCUCAGCUCUGCCUCUCAACACAGGCCUCAACCAGAUCACCCAGCAUGAGAAGACAAGGCCAGUUAUUGUGCUGGAACCAGCGAAUGAAAACCUGCAUAUCAGUUCACAUCACGAUAACGAGGACGAAGAGGUCAUGGUACUAAAUGACAUGCAGAACAUGAGGCGUAUUCAAGAGGAGAAAGAGGAGGGUGGAGCCAAAGGAGAAGACUGGGAGGAGGUCAGCAGCCAGACCUCCUCAGUCUCCUCCUGCGAUGAUUACAUCAUUGUCCUCCCAGACUGCUUUGACACCAGCCGGCCUCUUGGUGAGUCCAUGUACAGCUCCGCCAUGUCGCAGCCUGACACUGCUGCUGCUGCUAACAUGACCUCAGAGGACCCAGACGUGCAGCAGGAGGAAGAGGAAGGCUUCCACUCCGAGGCAGGCGGGGCAGCACCGCUGGGAGAGAGGCAGGAGAGGACGGAGGUGGUGGAUGCGGAGGAUUCAUCUGUGAACACGUGGCCUCCGCCCCUCCCUCCCACCCACAGCAGUGUGAACCAGAUGCUGUUUGCCUCCCAAACCCUGGACGCUGUGACACUCACCCCUGAGGUGGUGCCACCGCCGGUGCUGCCCGACCCCCUGCUGCCCCCACCGGCCCUGUACUCACCCAGGUCUGAGGCACUUUACCUGGCCGAGGACCCCAGUCCUCCAGCCUGUGAUCCGUACGAGCCGCACCAACCAAGAGUCCACCUAAAUGUAUCAUCUGGUCUGUCACGAUCAGCAGGCUCAGCAUCCAGUGCCUUUGAGACAUAUAACCCCAGACCCAGCAACGCUCUGCAGCCAAGGGGCCAAGGAGGCAUCACAGAGGGACUCGUCAAGGGGGCUCUCUCUGUGGCAGCGUCCGCUUAUAAAGCUCUCUUCACUGGACCAAACUGCUCAAUACAGCGAGGCAUCGACCCCGCUACCAGACAGGACCCGUCCCUGAUGGCGAUGCUGCUGGAGAUGGGCUUCAGAGACCAGCGGCUCAACCAGCGGCUGCUGAGGAAGCACGGCUACAGCCUGCUGCACACCGUCAACGAGCUGGUGCAGAUGGCCGAGGACAGCCAGAACAAAGCUGUCAACACUCAGCACUGAGGGAGAGAGGAGACGCUGACGGCCACUGUGAGGCUGUAAAAAAACAAAAAAGGAAUUUAUUUGACUUUGAAACAUGAUGUAAAGAGAAUAUUUAGAUUCUGACCUGUGUGUCUCUCACCCUCUCCGGUGUCUGGAUUUAUUUUGAAUUAUUUAAAGAAGAGAAAAAGUAAAGCUAUUAAUGAUCUGUGCAAUCGAUUGAUUUUUCCAAAGGGUGGUUAGUUUAUUUGGACCAAGAGUUAAUGAUAAUAAGACUGCAGUGUCUCUUAAUGUGGUACAAAAAUAAAAGCAUUUAUUUCUUGUUCAUUAGAGAGAAAGGAAUGCCUUUGCCUUUAAUCCAGCUUCGACAUUUUGACAGAUUAACCACAUACACACGUGUAAAUGAUAUGAAUAGUGAACCUUUGCCAUGCCUUGUUUACCUGGGGCCACAGAGCCUUACGUGUCGGUCAAAAGGAGCAGGAGCUGUAGUCUCGACGGGACAAACGUGUUGCAUUUCAGCUCUCCAUCUGUAGUGUCUGUAUGGCUGUUGUAGCUGCUUCCUCUGCGCUGAAAAAUAAAUGUCUUAGGACAGGGCUCGGCUAGAUUCUUCUCACAAAUACAGCAAUGGAAAUUAAUAUCGUUGAAUGUCACAAAAAGAUAGAAAUGGAGAGCCAGCUCUCGUUCAAGGCGACGCUACUGAGUAUCCUGGGUGUUAAGGGUCAGCGGUGCGGUAGUGAGAACAGCAAAAUAUUUAAGACUUUUCUCAAUUUAUCGUAGUGAAAUCUGCCUAAACAAUGCAAUCUUUUUCUGUAUCAGAGUACUGUUAUUUUAGACGUUGACAUGUGGAAUGUAUACAAAAACUGUCUGAACGGAUCACUGUUCAGACUCGGAUGUUUUCUACUGCUUUUUAGGAGACACCUGCAUGACAGGUAGAGGCUUUAGAGAUGAGUCGUGUUCUCGUGGUCUUAGCACAGUCACGGUAGAAAAUGUCCGCUUUGCGUCAUCGAUCAACACCCCGCCCUUCCUCCCUCUUGCCCUGCCUGCAUCCAACUAGCACAGUCAUCUUAACACUAACCCAAGCUGAGAUGUCUCUAACAACACAUUCCUCACUCUCACGGUGGAACCAAGUCUGUUUUAUUUCCUUACAUUGCCUUUAUGAGUCAUGAUUAUCAGUUUACUGAGAUAUACACGUGGUGAUUUUACAUUUGUGGUGUGAGUGUGCAGAUUUAAGUUAAUGUCUGUUGUUUUGAAUUAUUCCUCCUAUGUGUUUGUGUGUGAGUGUGUGUGAGGAUUUUUUGAACCAUGUUUUCUUUCUGUUGUUGAUCGUCCAUGUUUUGAAGAAUCAUGCUCUAGAGAAUAAUUCUGAAUAUAUCUGCUAUGCUUGUCAAAUUAUUCCUCUGUCACAGAGUGUAUACAUUAAAUUCCCUUCUACUGUCAAUCCGCCAAUAAACUAUUUGCACACCG